AGAUGGUGGCAAUGCGACAUAAAGGAUGCAAGCUGCCGCUAAACCGAGAGAAGAAGAAGAGGAGGGGUGACGUCAUCGCGUUGUUUGGCAGUCGCUGUGCGUGUCGCUGAGUCCAGACCCAGGCCUCCAGAAGAGACACACCCUCGCGUCUUACGGUUGUUUCCUGUGAUCACUAAAGCAGCAGAAAAAUGAAUGUCUUUGAUCGCACCAUAAACUUUGAUGCUCUCUUCAAGUUCUCUCAAAUCUCUCGCUCGACUCAGCAGCACCUGAAGAAUGUCUACGCCAGUUUAGCGGUGUGUAUGCUGGUGGCGGCCGCCGGCUCCUACGUCUACAUCAUCACCAGACUGUUUCAGGGUGGGCUGACCAUGCUUGGAUCACUGGCUCUGAUGGGUUGGCUUGCCAUGACCCCUCACAGCCCUCAGACAGAGAAGAAGAGGCUGGCCAUCCUCGCUGGUUUUGCUUUCUUCACAGGUCUCGGACUCGGCCCACUUAUGGACUACGUCAUUAGCGUCAACCCGAGCAUCAUCCUGACUGCUUUCCUGGGCACCUCUGUCAUCUUUGCCUGCUUCACGCUGAGCGCCCUCUAUGCCAAGCGCAGAAGUUAUCUCUUCCUGGGAGGCACUCUGAUGUCCGGGCUGGUUGUUCUUCUGCUCGUCUCCGUCCUCAAUAUGUUCUUGGCCUCAGCCGUGGUCUUUAAGGCUCAUGUGUAUCUGGGUCUGGCCAUCAUGUGUGGCUUUGUGCUGUUUGACACGCAGCUAAUCAUUGAGAAGGCCGAAAUGGGAGACAAAGAUUACAUCUGGCAUUGUGUUGACCUCUUCCUGGACUUUGUGACCAUCUUCAGAAAGCUUGUUAUCAUUCUCUCUAUGAAUGAGAAGGAAAAGAAGAAGGAGAAGAAGUGAUCUUCGUGAGAGUGGAAACAUCUGUGAGCUGAACACUUGUCAGCAGCUUCAUUAUGAAUAUGAUUACAUAAUUUGAUUGUUUUAUGUGAUUUGAAAUGGUGUCUUAAUUUUAUUUUUGAAUGGUUACUGGGCUUUGGAUAUGUGGUCGGGCUAAUGAUCUAAUGUGGUUUGACUGUAGAUUUCGAGAUCUUAUUUAAAAGCUUAAGUUGAACUUUAAUUUCUUUGACUUACUGCAGCUCUCUGAGGCAGACUUUAGAGCUCUGUAGAAAAGGAAUCUCAUAGAGUCUCAUCAUAAAAACAAAAUCCGAUUUAAUAUUGUUCAUACUAUAGAAACUUUGAGUGUAAUGGAGUUGUAACUGCUAGAUGAUAGAGGACUUUCUUACCACAUACUCUGAACAAUAUCAAAUCGUAUGUCAUAAAUGCAUUCUGAUCAUAACAUAGUCGUCUCACUAAACUGCUUUCUUGUGGUUAUAGCAUUACUUCAUUUAUAUUUUUUUUCUUUUUUGCAGCAUUAACGUCACAUUAAAUUGUUUUUGUAGCUGCUAGUGCCAAUUUUAUUUUGAUUUAGUCAAGUCUAACAUUAAUGCAUUUAUCAGUGAGAUCACAGAUGGGAUUAUUUUAUUCAUGAAUAUUGUGAAUAAUCUGAAGUAAAUAAAUGGUGCCACAGAUUGCAGUUGUGCUCCUUUGACUGCUAUAUUAAACCUUGUGCUGAUAAAUAA